AUGUGUACAGUAGUCUGUAAAUACCAACCCCCACCUCUCCCCCCGCCUUUCCACCACCACAACCACCGCACACAAUCAACAGCUACCACCACCACAAGCACUACAACGCUACCCCCGCCGAUCCUCCUCACGCAGGGCGCCGAAGCCCAUCUCUAUAAAACGCACUACCUGAACGCGACCACCCACCCGGCGGCCCUGAAGAUCCGGCCCUCCAAACCGUACCGCCACCCGAUUCUCGACCGGCGCCUGACACGCCAGCGCAUCCUCCAGGAGGCGCGGUGUCUGGCCAAGCUCGUGCGCGAGGGGGUGGCGGUGCCGGCGCUGUACGCCGUGGACUGGGAGGGGCAGACGGUCGUCGUCGACGCCGCCACGGGGGCGGAGCGGUACGGCGGGGCGUGGCUGCUGAUGGAGUGGGUGGAGGGCGACGUGGUGCGGGUGGUGGUGCGGGCGUGGGAGCGGGCGAUGCUGGCGCGGUUCGCGGCGGAAGAUCAGCACCCUCGGCGGCGACAGGCAGACGGUGAGAUGGAGGUGGAUGGCGACCAUGGCGACAACGGGCAUGUGGAGCGCAAGCGCGAGGAGGAGCGGAUGAAGGAUCUGCUGCGGCGGAUCGGGGCCGCUGUCGGCCGGCUGCAUGCGGCCGGGGUGAUUCAUGGGGAUCUGACGACGAGUAAUCUCAUUCUGCGGCCCAAGAAGGAGAGCGGGGAGGGGAAGGGGGCAGGCGAGGUGGAUCUGGAGGGUGAGGUUGUGCUCAUUGAUUUUGGCCUGGCGAGUCAGAGUGUUCAGGAUGAGGAUCGCGCGGUGGAUUUGUAUGUGCUCGAACGCGCGUUUGGGAGUACGCAUCCCCGCACGGAGGCGUUCUUUGCCGAGGUGCUGGAGGGGUAUCGCGCUAGUUAUCGCGGGGCUGCGUCGGUGUUGAAGCGCUUGGAGGAGGUGCGCUUGCGCGGGAGGAAGAAGAGUAUGUUGGGCUGA